AGUUUUAAAAAUUAUCACCAAAUGAGAUUUAAAAUUGAUAAUAUGGUUAACCAUCGUAAUCAUUCAUAUUUAAACACAUACAUCUCAUCAUUUAAAGGGUUUCAAUUCUGUAUUUUGUAUAUAUAUCACAUAUUGGUGAUUGACUGUUGAAGAUAAAGUACUGUAUUCAAUUGAUUGGGAGAAGGUUUAGCAUAUAUUUUACUACUACAAUAGGUGACGACGACGAUAACUCAUAAUAAUAAUCAUAUAUAACGAUGGCCAGUGAAGAAUAUAUUUCCGAUUCAAGUUCUGACUUUACUGAAUAUUGGAUCGAUUUAUUCUUAGGGAUUAAAGGUAAUGAAUAUUUCUGUGAUGUUGAUGAUGAAUAUAUUCGUGAUCGAUUCAAUUUAACCGGUUUAAAUCAAGAAGUGAAUAAAUUACCUACUUUAAUCGAUAUAAUAACGGAUCUUCUUGAUAUAGAGCUGCAACCUGAAGAACAUAGAGAUGCUUUGGAACAUAAUGCUAGAAUCUUAUAUGGAUUGAUUCAUGCUAGAUAUAUUUUAACUUCAAGAGGAUUAAAUAAAAUGUUUGAAAAAUUUAGAAAUGGAGAUUUUGGGUAUUGUCCCAGAGUUCAUUGUCAAUUACAUCCUUUAUUACCGAUUGGUCUUAAUGAUCAACCAAGAUUAGCAUCAGUUAAAUUAUAUUGUGCCAAAUGUGAAGAUUUAUUUAAUCCAAAAUCAGGUAGACAUUCCAUUAUUGAUGGCGCUUAUUUUGGUACAUCAUUUCCGGCUAUGUUUUUUCAAUAUUUUCCUCAAGUAAUACCGGUUCAUCCUAAGGAAACUUAUGUACCAAAAGUAUUUGGAUUUAAAUUACAUGAAUAUUCAAAAUUAAAUAGAUGGAGAGAAUUACAAAGAAUUAAAUUGGAAAAGAGAUUAACUAAUCAUGGUAUUGAAAUAACUAAUGUUGCUGGGGGGUUCAUAGUAGAGAAUAAUGAAGAUCAAAGUCAAGAUCUAGAAGAAUCUUCAUCUCAACAACUUCCUUAAAUGAGUUUAAUUCAUUCCAAUUUGUAUAAUACUUUAUAUUAAUUUAGCAUCUUUUUUUUUUAUGUAAAUAAAUUGUUUGGAAAUAAUAGAUUUGAUUAAA